AUGAUCGGUCACCGCAAAAAGGUCGAAACCACAGUAGACCAUGUCAAGUCUGCCGAGCUACUCGCCGAGCUUAUCUCUGGCAUCCCCGCUGCUCUUUUGUUGGCAAAACUAGAAUAUGGCAGCGGAAUGACACGGAUGAAAUGGCCCAUGACUCAGCGCACCCUUUACCCCGUUUUCCAAGAAGCGCCUUCCCUUACCUACGGGGUGUUCGCGGUCUGGAGAGUGAGGGGGAAGAAGAAGCCGAUGAAGGAGGCUUUGAAACUGCAGGAGAUGGUACCAGUGGUAACGAAAAAGUCUUUCCCGGAGACGGUCGAGCUUGACUGCUCCAGUGGAAAGUGUUACCAUGGCAAGGAGGGGUUCCUCGUUAUUCAAUCGUCGAAGGGACUUGAUUUCCGGAGAGCACUCAAUCCAGCCAUGAUAAAAUCGCGACACUCGCCGAAAUGGUUCCUGGUACGACAUAGCUAUGUUGUUUGUGUUGAUUCACCUGAAGAAAUGAACAUCUACGACGUCUUUUUGGUAGAUCCUUUCUUCCAAAUUCAGCACCAGAAAGUACGGCUACGUGACCAAAAACCUAAACAAUUAGCUCGAUCCGCAAAAGAGUCGGCUGCGCAUCCACAGCACCAUACACUAAAACUUCAGAACUCCGAACGUAAAUUGAGAUUGCUCGCUCGAAAUGAACGUCAGUUACAUCAGUUUGAAGACUCUAUUCGAUUCAUGAUGGAUACCACACCUUGGUCGAAACCUAAUAGGUUCGAUAGCUUUGCUCCUGUGCGUCCAAAUUGUUUCGCUCAAUGGCUAGUCGAUGGCCGUGACUAUAUGUGGGUGGUAUCCCGCGCCAUAAACCAGGCCAAAGACGUCGUGUAUAUCCAUGAUUGGUGGUUGAGUCCCGAGCUCUACAUGCGGCGGCCAGCUGCUAUUAGCCAGAAAUGGAGGCUCGAUCGAUUGCUUCAAAAGAAAGCGCAGGAGGGCGUCAAGGUUUUUGUGAUAAUGUAUCGAAACAUCAACUCUGCCAUUCCUAUUGAUUCUGAGUACUCCAAAUUUUCUUUGCUUGAUCUGCACCCGAAUAUCUUCGUGCAAAGAUCUCCCAACCAGUUUCGACAAAAUACUUUUUUCUGGGCUCACCACGAGAAGCUGUGUCUGGUUGACCAUACUCUUGCAUUCAUUGGAGGAAUUGAUCUUUGCUUUGGGAGAUGGGAUACUCCACAACAUCUUCUUACAGAUGACAAGUUGACAGGAUUUGAACUGACUGAUGUGCCUAAAGAUGCGGAUCAUUGUCAGCUCUGGCCUGGGAAAGAUUAUUCGAACCCGAGAAUUCAGGAUUUCUAUGACCUCGACAAACCGUAUGAAGAAAUGUACGACCGCGAGGUUGUUCCUAGAAUGCCGUGGCAUGACAUUGCCAUGCAUGUGGUAGGACAGCCGGCUCGCGACCUCACAAGGCAUUUUGUUCAGCGAUGGAAUUACAUUCUAAGACAACGAAAACCUACUCGGCCAACUCCAUUCCUGCUACCUCCGCCGGAUUUUAAUCCUGCAGAUUUGGAAUCUCUUGGCCUUGAUGGCACUUGCGAGGUUCAGAUCCUCCGUUCAAGCAGCACUUGGUCAACCGGAACACCUGACGUGACUGAACACAGCAUCAUGAAUGCUUAUGUCAAGAUGAUUGAACAGUCGGAGCACUUCGUCUACAUCGAAAACCAGUUUUUCAUUACCAGUUGUGAAAUUGAAGGAAAGAAGAUUGAAAACCUUAUUGGGGAUGCUCUCGUGGAACGUAUUAUUCGAGCAUCUAGGAGUGAUGAAGAAUGGCGAGCUGUGAUCCUGAUACCUCUUAUGCCUGGUUUCCAAAAUCAGGUUGAUACGGAGGGAGGUACUAGUGUUCGUUUAAUCAUGCAAUGUCAAUAUCGAAGCAUCUGUCGCGGAGAGACAUCCAUAUUCGGCCGACUUCGAGCCUCCGGAAUCGAACCGGAAGACUACAUCCAAUUUUUCAGUCUAAGAUCGUGGGGAAAGAUCGGUCCACGGAAACACUUAGUAACAGAGCAGUUGUAUAUUCAUGCCAAGUGCAUGAUCGUUGAUGAUCGAGUUGCGAUAGUUGGCUCUGCUAAUAUCAACGAGCGUUCUAUGCUUGGUUCAAGAGAUUCCGAGUGUGCUGCAAUCGUUCGAGAUACAGAUCUGCUGUGGUCCACCAUGGGCGGCAAGCCGUACCUUGUUGGUCGUUUCUCUCACACACUUCGGAUGCGGCUUAUGAGAGAGCAUAUCGGCUUGGACGUCGAUGAAAUUAUGGAACAAGCCGAAGCUGAAUCUGACCAAAUGAAUGCGCGAGGGGAACCAAAUACUCCUUACAACUACAGCGACGAUAUGCUCGAUCGUGAGUUUGAUGAGGCUACAGAAAGACAAGAUGAGAGAGAGUUAUUAGAACGAAGACACCGAAUACAAGAUGAAUUCCUUGCUAGAUCGGAAGAAAUGCACAGUUUCAACCACGAUGUUGAUUGGGAACAGGCAAACAACCCCAAUCUUAAGAGUAACAAAAAGCUCACCCAGGACUCGAGAGUAAUGAGGAAUGAGGACCACAAGAAGGAUCUGGAGGGCUACGGUGUCGACCAAAUGAAGAGUAUUCAGGAGGCAGGUCAUGGUGAUGGUCGUGACUCGUUCAUUGUGGAUGAUAGGAUAGAAUUCCUUGGCCCAGGAUCACCUGGAGAUCCUAACAGCCGAAGCAGACAAUCUAAUGUUCCCAAAGAGCUACCGUCUCAGACCGGAGAUCACGGCGAGCACGAGGAUUCCCCACCAGCUGCAGCGAAGAACUUUGAUCCAAGUGUUCCCAGUUCCAGACCAUCCACUCAGCCUACGGCUUAUGAUCUAUCUAGCAAUGCCGGUAAUCCCUCGCUGCAAACUUCCCAAGAUAUCCCUAACAGAACACAUAUAGUUUCGUCUGAAAUCAAACUCCCAGUGGUGGAUAAGGACUGCAUGAGGGACCCUUUGAAUGACUCAUUUUAUUUGGAUAUCUGGCAAGCAAUAGCAGAAAACAAUACAAAAUUAUAUCGCAGUGUUUUUCGCUGUAUGCCUGAUAACGAAGUCAAAACAUGGAAGGAAUACAAAGAAUAUACUGCCUAUGCUGAACGCUUCGCUGAUAUGCAGGGCCAAAGCCACUAUGAGGCCAAAGCUCACGAAGCCAAAAAUAACCUAGAAGCUGCCAAAGUAACUGGUCCUCCUGGCUCUGCCCUGAUCCCUAACCAACUGGCAAAGGCUGAAAAGAUGGGGCAUGAUAUGAAAGAUAAAGUCCUGAACCCAGUUAAAUGCGAUACCUUAGCUGCCGAAGAGGAUUUGAGACACUGGGCCUCAGAAGCAAACAAAGCCCAAAUCGAGAGGAAGAGGUUCGAGCUUUCCCACCAGGAGCCUGGCACAUCUCAGGGAGAAAAAGAUGCAUUAAAGGCGACGGAGACGAAAUCGUCGCACUCCAGCCAGAAUUUGGAUGGCGUGAUAGCAUCAUUCCCUGAGGUAGAAAGGAGCCCGCAGAAAUGGGCAGACGGUAGCCUGCGCCCGACAGCCUCGCAGUCCCAAAGGCGGAGACGGAGAGCAACCACCCGUUCAUCGCGGCGGGAAUUCCAUGCUUCUGACGAUAUCAUAUCGAAGGCUGAAGCGGAAGAUUUGAUGAAUUUGAUACAGGGGCAUCUUAUAGUUUGGCCGUAUGAAUGGCUGGAACGAGAGGAACAAGGAGGAAACUGGCUAUACACACUCGAUCAGAUAUCUCCUUUGGAAAUAUACAACUGA